AUGUCUACAACAACAGAGCAGGCCGUGUCAUCAUCCAUUCCAAAUUCCACCGUGGACAUCCAGUCUGCUGAAAAGGAAUUACCACCUGAUGACAGUGAAAGGGAAGAUGUUGAACUUAGUGUUAUUCAAGAGCAAGAGGAGGACCCGGAAGAUGAACAUCAAAGCACUUAUUCACAAUCUAUUGAUUCUUGUGUGCCGACAUCAGAUAUCCUUGCAAGGAAGAGGGCUGAAGUGAAUUCGCCAGUUGACGCCAACAACCUGAAACCGAAGCACAGCUACUCUAGUCCAAAUUAUCACAUCGCUUCUAGUCACCCUCCACCAGGUCAUGUUCCUGCAGUUUCUACACAAGCUCACAUCCCUUCCGAUUCGCCUAUCCUAAAUCCGUAUGCACAACCAUACGUACCUAACGCAUACCCUUCAUCACCUUGCGCGACUGGACAUGGAGCACAUGUGACCGACGUCACUCGAUUCCUUCUGAGGAAGGAUCUACUGUUCUCCAGACUUACCAAUUUCAAUGAUAGACCUGAAUCCUACAGUGCAUGGAAGCACAGUUUUUUGUGUGUAAUGAAUGAGCUUCAAGUCAUGGAUUCUGAGCAGAUGGACCUUCUAAUCAAGUACUUGGGGCCUGAAUCAAAGAAGCACGCUAUCAGCAUCAGAACAUCUAACAUCUUCAACAUUUCAAGGGGACUACAGAGACUUUGGGAACGGUUAGAUGAGCGUUAUGGUGCACCAGAGCAUGUGGAAGCAUCAAUAAGAACCAAACUUUUAGACUUUCCAAAACUUGGCUACAUAGAUCAUCAGAAGCUGUAUGACCUUUCAGACAUUCUCAUGGAAAUGCAGUUUCUGAAGGAAGAUCCAAAGUACAGUGCUAUGUUAGCAUACCUGGACUCGUCGUCCGGGAUAAGACCAAUCAUUUCCAAAUUGCCGUACGGUCUACAGGAGAAAUGGACAAAUCGGGCAGUGAAGUACAAGAAGGAACACUGUGCUAUUUUCUCCCCAUUUUCAGUGUUUGUGGACUUUAUAAAAGAUAUAAGCAAGGUGAAAAACGACCCAGGAUUCAAUUAUGAACUGGACACAAACAACAAUGAUAGGUUCACUGCUUCAAAACAAAUAAGUUCUACAAGAAACAGAGUUAGUGUGAAAAAGACAGGUGUUGAAGUGACUGUUCCAAUAGAACAUUGUAUCAUUCACAAAACCAAACACACUCUAGACGACUGCAGAGGAUUUCGAUCCAAAUCAUUAGAGGAAAGGAAGAUACUUUUAAAGCAAAACAACAUAUGCUUCAGAUGUUGUGCGUCAAACACUCAUAAAAGUCGUGAUUGCAGUGCUAGUGUUUCGUGCAAGGAAUGUGGAAGCAAGUUUCACACUACAGCACUCCACAUCAGCAGGAACGACCAAAUAGCAGCAGUGGAUCAUUCCGCACCCCAGCAAGGAAAAGAUACAGAGGCAAAGAACCACAGUCUAUACUCAUCCUCAAAGGAGAAUGGCGGGGAGUCUAGGAACAAGAUCAAACCUGUUUCAGAGGUUAGCUCAAGCUGCACCGAGAUAUGCAGAGGACCUUACAGUGGGAAAUCAUGUGCAAAAAUCUUGCCGGUCAAUGUGUUUCAUCGUGACAAUCCAAGUAAACUGUCAAAGAUGUAUGCAGUAAUCGACGAUCAGAGUAACCGCUCUUUAGCAGCACCUGAAUUUUUCGACUUCUUCACUGUGAAGGAUAAACCACAGAACUAUACUAUUUCAACAUGUUCUGGCAGAGUCGUCACUUCAGGAAGAAGAGGAAAAGGAUUUGGUGUCAGAUCAAUGGAAGGUGAUGUAGACUUUGAACUGCCAACCCUGAUUGAAUGUGAUCAUAUACCAAAUAACAGAGAUGAGAUACCUACACCUGAAGUCGCAUUCCAUCACGCACAUCUCUUAGAUAUCGCCAAGCACAUCCAACCACUAGAUGAACAGUGCCAUAUUCUUCUGUUGAUUGGACGAGAUCUGAUAGAAGCACAUCACAUCCUUCAUCAAAUCUUUGGACCACCAAAAGCUCCAUACGCACAACAACUAAAAUUGGGAUGGGCUGUCAUUGGUGAAACUUGUCUUGAUACACAACAUGCCUCACAGGAUAUAAGUGUCAAGAAAACAUACCUGCUACCAACAGGUCAGCCUACAAUAUUGAAACCAUGUAGCAACAAGUUCGAGGUCCGAGAACUAGUGGAUCAAUCUAUAUGGGAGGAGUCAAAGUUAUUCAUCAGAACUAAUGACGAUGAUGCAUUAGGCAUAUCGAUUGAAGACAGAAUGUUUUUGAAACAAAUGGACAGUGAAUUUCUCAGAGAAUCCACAGGAACUUGGGUUGCCCCACUACCAUUUCAUGAGAAUAGACAGCGUUUACCAAACAACAGGGAGCAAGCGAUCCAACGUGCGAGACUACUCGAUGCGAGCAUGAGAAAGAAUGCUAUGAAAAAAGAACACUUUCUUACAUUUAUGGGAAAAAUCUUGGACAAUAAUCAUGCUGAAGUUGCACCGGAAUUGUCUGAUGGAGAAGAAUGUUGGUACCUGCCAUUGUUUGGUGUUUACCACCCCAAAAAACCAGAUCAGAUUCGGGGGGUGUUUGAUUCGUCCGCCAGAUUUAAUGGAGUUUCCCUUAACGACAUUCUACUCUCAGGACCUGACUCAUCUAACAGUCUUCUUGGUGUACUCAUACGAUUUCGUAAGGAGAUGGUGGCUGUCACCGCUGAUGUGCAACACAUGUUUCACUGCUUUUUGGUUGGGGAGGAUCAUAGAAACUUUCUACGAUUUCUGUGGCAUAAGGAUAAUGACCUAGACAAAGAGCUCAUCGAGUUUAGGAUGAGGGUUCAUGUCUUUGGCAACAGCCUUUCGCCUGUUGUAGCAACCAUGGGACUCAGAAAGGCAGUUGAGUUAGCAGAAUCAAAGUAUGCAGACCAUGUUACCAAUUUUGUAAGAAAAAACUUUUAUGUGGAUGAUGGGCUAAUAUCCUGUCCUACCCCUGAGGAAGGCAUUCAUACUCUCAAAGACACUCAGAGUGCCUUGAAAGAAUUUGGUAAUAUCCGUCUUCAUAAAUUUGCCUCCAACAGUCUUGAGGUUAUGUCCGCCUUUCCAAGUGAAGACCUAGCGACUAAUCUGAAAGACUUGGAUUUACAUGGUGAGGAGAAGCCACUUCAACGUAGCCUUGGUCUUAGCUGGGAUGUCAACAGCGACACCUUUCUGUUCCAACUUUCAAAAGACAAUAAACCUGCAACACGCAGAGGUUUACUUUCAACUGUUAAUGGCAUCUACGACUCUCUAGGCUUUUUAGCCCCAGUAACUAUUUAUGGUAAAUUAUUGCUAAGGAAACUCAUAGCACAGACUCAAAACUGGGAUGAGCCACUCUCAGACGAAAUGGAAUCAAUAUGGAAUUCAUGGAAAGACACUCUAGGCUCACUUGAAGACUUGAGGAUUCAACGCACAUAUGUGACCGAUCUCAGUAGAGCUGUGACGAAGGAACUUCAGGUGCUCAGCGACGCCUCUGAAAAAGCCAUAGCAGCUGUCAUUUAUUUGCAUACAACAGAUAGCGAAGGACGGUGUAAGCUUGGAUUUGUUCUGGGCAAGGCCAAAGUUGCACCCAUUAGUGGACACACUAUCCCACAACUGGAAUUGUGUGCAUCUGUGUUAGCAGUAGAUAUUGCCCAAUUCCUCCUUGAACACCUUGACAUUCAUAUAGACACUGUGAAGUAUUACACUGACAGCAAGGUAGUUCUCGGUUAUAUCUGUAACGAGUCUAGAAGAUUCUAUACCUAUGUUGCCAACAGAGUACAACGUAUUAGGAAGUUCACAACUCCAAAUCAGUGGAAUUAUGUCCCCACUGAUCGUAACCCAGCAGACCUAACAACCAGAUGUUUACCUGCAGCUGAACUUCAAGACAGCACUUGGUUACAGGGACCAAAAUACCUAGUCAUGAAGAAAGAACAGCAAUGUGAUGAAAAUGAACAUUUGCUCAUUGAUCCGGAUGAGGAUAAAGAAAUCCGCCCAGUUGUUUCGACAAUGAAAACACACAUGUCAAAUGAAAAUGAUGACCGACUAGAAAGCGUGAUUGAACGAUUUCAGCGAUUUAGUGAUUGGAAGACACUUGUUUUGGCCAUGAACUUUCUCAGGUACCUGCUUUUCAAGUUCCAAGGUCAAGACAUUGCUUCUAAGACAUUUUCAGAGAGGUACCAGGAUACAGAGCGUUAUGUGAUCAAAGUAGUGCAGUCUGAAGUCUACUUUGAUGAGAUAGACUGUAUUCGACGUCAAGAGCCUCUCUCUAGAAGAAGCCCAAUAGCUAACCUUAACCCCUUUCUAGAUGAACAAGGAUUGCUUCGAGUCGGAGGUCGCAUAGUGAAUUCUAACUUGAGCUUACGAGAGAAGAAACCUUUGAUCAUACCAGGACGCCAUCACAUAGCAACCCUCUUACUUCGUUGCCACCAUGAAAAGGUCCAGCACCAGGGGCGCCACUUCACCGAAGGAGCUAUCAGGGCUGCUGGGCUAUGGAUAACGGGUGUGAAGCGACUUGUGUCAUCUAUUAUUCAUAAAUGUGUAAAGUGUCGAAAACUCAGAGGGAAAUUGCAGUAUCAGAUAAUGGCUGAUUUGCCAGCAGAUCGCCUUGACCCUUCACCACCUUUUACCAAUGUGGGUGUGGAUGCAUUCGGACCUUGGGCCAUUGUUUCUCGUAAAACGCGAGGAGGUAGCGCAAACUCGAAACGCUGGGGAAUACUGUUCACUUGCUUGGUGACUACAGCAGUGCACAUUGAAAUGGUUGAGGCGAUGAGUUCAUCUGCCUUUAUCAAUACUGUUAGGAGAUUCACUGCUAUACGAGGUCAAGUCAAGACAUUCCGUUCCGAUCAAGGAUCCAACUUCAUUGGGGCUGUAGAUGACUUGCGCAUUGAUUCCAUAUAUGUUGAUGAUGAACCCUUGAAAAACUAUCUUCACAACUCUGGUACAGUGUGGAUCUUUAAUCCUGCUCAUGCAUCCCACAUGGGUGGGGCAUGGGAGAGGAUGAUCGGCAUCACCCGUAGGAUCCUCGACUCCAUGCUGACUGGUGCCAGUGGGAAGACUUUAACACACGAUGUUCUGAACACAUUUAUGGCGGAGGUUUGUGCAAUUAUCAAUUCGAGACCUCUCGUUCCAGUCUCCACAGACCCAGACUUUCCGUUGAUACUUACCCCAGCAAUGUUGUUAACACAGAAGACUGAGUACGAGUUUGAAGCCAACUCACUUGGAGAAUUCAACGAUCGUGAUAUGUUCAAGGCUGAAUGGAGACGCGUUCAAGCUUUAGCAAGUGUAUUCUGGUCUCGAUGGAAGAAGGAGUACCUUCCGCUUCUACAGAAUCGACGGAAGUGGACUGAGAGACGACGCGACAUAGCCGAGGGAGAUGUGGUUCUUAUCAGAGACAAGGAUGUUACACAGAACUGCUGGCCUAUUGGUUUAGUCUUGAAAGCCUUAAAGAGUUCCGAUGACCAUGUACGCAAAGCUGAGGUUCACACCAUAGUGAAUGAAAAGCCUGCAGUUUAUGUUAGGCCAGUGGUUGACAUGAUUCUUCUCAUUGAGAGUGAAUGUGUUUAA